UGAAUGAUUAUUGUCACUAUAUCCUCUACGUUUAGUUAUUCUCGGACGUAUUCUUGGGGAUUUCUCACAAAGAAAUUUAUCUCUUUCCUUCUCGUACAAUUUGUUCAAAAAAGAAUGCCCCAAGCAUAUUUAUUUUAUAUUUUUCUCUUUGCGUGCGUCACUCUAAUGCCCGAUUUCUUCACUUCCCGAUAAAGUUAUCCGGAGGAUAAAUCUCAAGUUUAACCAAUCAGUUACAUAGAUCUGGUAGUUUAUCUCCUGGAUAAUUUUAACCGCAAGAUAACUGGACAUGAAGAAGUUGGCCAUAAGAUGGUCUGAGUGGUGUCUCGAAGAAGUUGAAUAACAUGAUCUGACUAAUGUUUUUACUCUCAGUAUCUUACUACCGUACCAUUCGAAAGCGUCUUUAACACGGAAAUUGUAAACAUAUUUUACCAAGUGUUUGGAUCAAAAAUUUGGUCAAGUGAAGAUUUGGUGAGGCUAUGGUUACCUAAGAAUUAACACACAGGAGUCUCAAAAGAUGGCGAAAGUUAUUAUUUUGACCACGUUGCUGUUGCACCUAUUUUUUAUCAUGGUACAAGGUAUAAUAGUGAAACAACAAUCAACUGAUUGUUCGAGAUAUUUCACGGAUACAAGACAACCUGGGAUAAGUAAUUUGUUAGGACGAAUCGAGAUUCCACCCCCUCCAAUAAAUGAUGAAUAUUACUUAAAAGUAGCCCUGGAUACAUACAACGAAGUAAAGAGACGGAAUUCGAUUGGAAAUCGAAACUAUCGAUUGGAACUGGGACGAACGAUAGAUGAGACUAUUCGGGCUGUUAGUCAGAGUAAACCUUUGUUGUAUAAUAUUUAUUAUCCUAUAAACAAACCGAUUCCAACAGUGUCGGCGAUAUGGCUUAACAAUCAACGAUAUUGUCCGGGCCUCGAAGCAAAUGAAAAUAUCCAUGCUACUAUCGAAUUAGGGCAUAUUGUGUAUCCGCCAAACAAAGAUGCAUUUUCUUGGACAUGGUACCGAAAUUCGAGCAGCUAUCGUAUAGACAAUCCGAGUUCUGACCGUCUAACAAUAAGUUCCUUGAGCCCUUCUAGCGCCGCUAUCGCUAUUCCUUCUUGGAUUGCCAACAACGAAUGUGGUGUCACUGAAUAUUACACCGACAGUACAAAUCGUUUAAUUCCCAACGGUCAAGAGAUUUUCGCGGGCCAGUGGCCAUGGUUGGUGACAUUCGAUUAUAAGAAUUUAAGAAAUAAUCAUUAUUUCGUUCGGUGUACUGGUUCCGUUCUAACAACCAGACAUAUUAUAACAGCAGCGCAAUGCUUAAAAGAAAAUGGGACUACCAAUAACAUACAUGCCGAUCAUUUACGUGUAUCCUUGGGUCGACAUAAUACGUAUUUUGGUGAGGAGGGAGUCAAUCGAAAAGUUGCAAGUUACAUGAUCCAUCCCGAUUAUGCGCACGCAACAAGCGGUGAUUCCGAUCUAGCGAUUUUAGUGAUGAAUGAACCCGUUGAGUUCAACUCUCUUAUUAAGCCUAUUUGCCUUUGGUUCGGUUCGCAUGAUCUUCAGAACAUUGUUAAUAAAAAGGGAUAUCUUGUGGGAUUGGACCAAACGGGAUCUUCUUACACUUUUUAUCCGCGUAUGACGAGAGUGCCGAUAGUGAGUCAAGAGACUUGUCUUCGAAGUAACCAGAAGUUCUACGAUCUCACAUCUGAUCGUACCUUUUGCGCUGGUGAACGAAACGAAAGUGGCCCUUGCCAUGAUCAGGGGGCAGGGUUGGUGAUUUUCGACGAUACCACGGGUCGUUAUCAUUUACGUGGGAUCGUUUCGCGAGAUUUCUGCAAAAUCGAGGAUUAUGUCGUUUACGUUGACGUAGCUAAAUAUAUAUCCUGGAUUCAACAACAGAUUUCUAUCCCAUAAUGCAGGUCUUUCUUAGUUCUUAUGGAUAAUAUUUUAUAUACAUAAAACUACAGCAAUUAUGCGGUAAGAUAAUUAAUACAAUUUUAUUUCUAAUUUUUCUUAUCAUUAUAAAUUCAAAUUAUGUUGACGUGAAAACAUAACAUAAGAAAAUGUAAUUAAACAUAAAAAAGUCAAAACUAUACGAAUGUAGGUAAUCAUAACAAUUUAUUAAUAAUUAAAAACAAAUUGUAUUACGCCAACAAUUAAUUUUAUAUUGAUUGUACUUAUAUUUUCUGAUUAUCAUUAGAUCGAUCGUAUAUAAGUAAGUACAAAAUUUGUUAAGUUUUUAUUGCUGUCUUUCAUAAUAUAAUUCUAAUCUAUAUAAAUAAAAAUGUUUUACCUAUUGUAUCCUGGUGGAGUGCAAUCAUAAUUCCAUACAUCAGGAUAUUCAAAUUAUACGAAUAAUUUUUAUAGAAUAGUACCGUUUAAUGUACAAAAUAUAAAACGUACACAUUUGCUUUCAUG